GCCUCCAUCUUUGACUAAAAUUGAAACUCCAUUAUAAGAAGAAAAGGGGGCGACAUUGCUUCAAGCCAAAAAAACAAAGAACAAAAAAUGGAGGAAAAAUGGGUUGGAGCAAUUGUAUUGUUGGUUUUGGUAAGUGGAUGGUAUUGUUCUUCUUGUUGUGGGUGUUUGGAGGAAGAGAGAGUUGCCCUCUUAAACCUCAAACAUUCAAUCCCUCCCCCAACCGACUAUGUUCUAGCAUCUUGGGUAGGGCAUGGUGAUUGUUGUAAAUGGGUUGGGAUUGAAUGCAAUAUCACAACAAAGAGAGUGUUUCAGCUUUCUCUUAAUCUUACUAGGGGUUGGGAUGUUAAGGGUUGGUAUUUGAAUUCUUCUCUGUUUUCACCCUUGGAAGAGUUGAAGAGUCUUUUCUUGUGGGGCAAUAGCAUUUUUGGCUUCAUGAAGAAUGAAGGUCAUUCCUUUCUUUCUACUCAAGCAACAUUUUUAGUUAUUCAUUUUGUGGGAUGUACGAUAGUAAAAUUUUUGGUUUAGCAACACAACUAACCAUAUUAAUUUCUUGCACAGGUCUAGAAAAGUUGUCAAGCUUAAGCAAUUUGGAGGUUCUUGAUUUGAGUUAUAAUCAAUUAAACAAUAGCAUCCUAUCAUCUUUGGCAAGUCUUUCAUCCUUAAAAGUGUUAAAUCUAGCCAGCAAUCAGAUGGAAGGAAGUCUUCAUAUUCCCGGUAGUUUUUUACAUAACAUAACCAAUUAAUCUGAUACACUUUAAGAAAUGAGGCAUAAUAUCCAAUUUUUAACAUUAUUACGUUUCUUGAGGGACUUGAAGCUGCUCAUUAAUUACUUGUAAAUGCAUAAAGAAUGCUUAUUACUCACAAAUCCUAUUUGCAGGUGUUAAAAGACCAUUGGGACUAAGUAAUUUGGAAGUGCUUGAUUUGAGUGAUAAUUCUUUCAAUAACACAAUUUUAUCUUCCCUAAAAGGGCUUUCAUCUCUCAAAAGUCUCGAUUUGGGUUGGAACAAAUUAAAAGGAAUACUAAAUAUUAAAGGUAGAUCAACUGUUUCACUUAUUUUUUGUUUAUAUCAAUCAUUGUAUAUCCUUCUAAUAAAAUCUUUUUUUUUUAACUCAUUGGAAUUUAACUAAUUUUAUUUUGUCUCUACGACUACCAAAAUUAGUUGGUUUAAAUGAGUUGAAGGAGCUUGAUUUAAGCAACAAUAAUGUGAAAAGUUUUGUGGUUCCCAAAGGUACUAAUGAAAGUAGAAAAUAUGGUUAUGAUCAGGCCCCACCAUUUUGUUCAUUUCAUCAAGAAAUACCCUAAAAUAUUUAGAAAAUUUGAUCUAUUAGUUUUAUACUCAUAAAUUUUUUUAUGAAACAAUAAACCCUUUUGCAAUCG